UGGGGGUUCGACCGUUCCAACACUUCCGCGUCCCAAUCGCCGGCUCGUCCCUCUCUCGAACCACCCAUCGCCCAGCCGUUCUAAUCUCUCCUCUCAAGCGUAGCACCGAGUCGACUCCCCACUUCAUCCCAAUUUACCAAACCCUAACCCUAGCAGCUCGUCCCCCAUCUCACCCAGCGCGCGCGCGGCCGCCGCGGUGGGCGACCGAGGAUGCCGUCUGGGUCUACGCAGUUCCGGUACACACAGACGCCGUCCAAGGUGCUGCACCUACGGAACAUGCCGUGGGAGAGUACUGAGGAGGAGCUCGUCGAGCUCUGCAAGCCAUUCGGCAGGGUUGUGAACACCAUGUGCAACGUCGGAGCCAACCGCAACCAGGCCUUCGUGGAGUUCGCAGAUCAAAACCAGGCAAUUUCAAUGGUUUCAUAUUAUGCUUCAUCUUCAGAACCUGCCCAAGUUCGUGGGAAAACUGUAUAUAUUCAGUAUUCAAAUAGGCAAGAAAUAACAAACAAUAAAGGCACUGGUGAUUCUUCUGGCAAUGUCCUGCUUGUCACCUUUGAAGGUGUCCAGCCUAACGAUGUUAGCAUAGAUGUUAUUCAUUUGGUAUUUUCUGCUUUUGGGUUUGUUCACAAGAUAGCAACGUUUGAGAAAGCCGCUGGUUUCCAGGCACUUAUCCAAUAUACUGAUGCUCCAACUGCUCUAGAGGCAAAAAAUUCGUUAGACGGAAGAAGCAUCCCGAGAUAUCUACUGGCUGAUCACGUCAGCAUUUGUCACCUGCGCAUAACAUUUUCUGCGCACAAAGAUUUGAAUAUUAAAUUUCAAUCACAUCGCAGCAGGGAUUACACAAAUCCUUAUCUUCCUGUUAAUCCAACUGCAAUCGAGGGAAUCACACAGCCCAUAUUAGGCUCUGAUGGGAUGAUUAAGGAGCCAGAAAGCAAUGUACUUUUAGCAUCAAUCGAGAACAUGCAGUAUGCUGUUGGUGUGGAUGUUCUACACACUGUGUUCUCUUCUUUUGGUGCUGUCCAAAAGAUUGCAAUGUUCGAGAAGAAUGGUGGAAUGCAGGCUCUGAUUCAGUAUCCAGAUAUAACAACAGCAGGAGUUGCUAAACAAGCUCUGGAGGGACAUUGCAUAUAUGAUGGUGGUUACUGUAAGCUUCAUCUGUCAUACUCUCGUCAUACUGAUCUGAAUGUGAAGGCACAUGACGAGAGGAGCAGGGACUACACCGUCUUGGACCCUAGUGCUCGGGUACAAGCUCCACCUGGAGUAGUAUGGCAAAGCACCACACCUGCUGGUUUUUAUGGAAGCUCAGCAGGAGCGACCUCUGUCGGACAAGUGCCAACCUGGAAUCCUAACAUGCAGCGAGGGGCAUUUGCAAGUGCAUCAACCUCGUAUCCUACACAAUUAUUGAUGGCAAACCCAGGCCCGCACUUUCCAGUGAUCGGAUCAAGCUCUGGAGCUCCCCCGAUGUUGUACCAAGCUUCACAACAGAUGGCACAAUAUGGCACAGCCCCUGCUGCUCUGCCUCAUGCAGGCGAACCAAUGUACUUCCCAAAAUGAGCUAUUCAUCUGAUAGAGCAGUGUCCUAUGCUUUGUGCAGCACUUGUGGUCUUCAAGUUUUGGAACUGCAUUGUAACACUGAUCUGUUCUUGUUAUUUGUGAGAUCCCUGAGGCAAAUGUACCUGUCUGGCUGUUGGUGGCUUUUGGUGCCUGUAAACUGCACAACAAAAUGGAAAAUUACUCGUCUA